AUUUGAUCGAAUUAUUCCAUAAUUUCGUCAAAAUAAAGUAAUAAAAAAAAAUAUUAUAAAAAGAUAUUUUAAGAUAUCUAUAAUAUGUUUAUUUAAAAUUACAAUAUAGUCACAAAAACAUGGCGCUGUGUUAUAUGAGAUUGCUUUCUCGAAGAAGCAUUGAUCCUUGUACUUUUCGGAAUUUUUACACUUGCAGUUCACGAAAUAUCGCUGUCUCGAAACCUUUAUUUAAAGAAACUACAAUUUGUGAAACUCAUGAUGAAAAGAAUAUGCGCCUCAAGAGACCUUUGUCACCACAUUUGACUAUUUACCAAAUUCAAUUAACAGCAUUUCUUUCAAUUACACAUCGUACAACAGGCAUGAUAUUAUCAAGUUAUGCUAUGUUAUUUGGUAUAGGAACAUUACUCAUCCCAGGAGGUAUUCCUUGUCUCAUAGAAAUAAUCACAGAAUUAGGUUUAUCUGCUCCUGUUCUUUUCGUAGGAAAAACUUUACUUGCUUUACCUGCUACAUAUCAUAUAUUUAAUGGAUUGCGUCAUUUGGCUUGGGAUUUGGGAAUGUUCCUCACAAUUAAGGAAGUGUAUAGUACUGGUUAUGCAGUGAUUGCACUAUCAGCACUUUCUGCUAUUGCUCUUGCUGCUAUAUAAAUUUAGAUAAUUAUAUUAUGUUGAUAUAACUUCUAUCAAAAAUUAAUUGUAUUAUUAGAUCAAUAAUAAUUUAUCUUGUACUUUGCGCAAAUUAUAUUAAAUUUAUAACAAAAACAGAACUAGAUGCUAUUAGUAAUUAAUAGAUAUUAUUAAUAAUUAAUUUUUAAUAGUAAUGUAAACAAAUUUAAAAAUUUAUUUAACAAUUAUAUUUAUAUUUUAAUAUAUGCAUAUUUAAAUAUAUGCGAAUAUGUUAAUAAAUAUAUCAUA